UGAAGACUUCUCUGUCUCCCGAUCUUAAAACGAUGAAUCGAUGAAGGGUUUGCUGCAUUCAUCCACAUUGUUUGCUGCGUUCAUCCGCGUAUUUUGAAGACAAGUGCGAAAUCGAACAAUCUAGGGUUUCUACAGGAUGUCUACUUACAAGAGUAUCCAGUUGCAUCAUGUGGGGCAUUUCAACAAAACUAUACUUUCCACCAUGUAUUUAGGGGGUACUUGUGAGAUGAUUGACGGUAUUGACACUGAUUUUAUUUCAUUUUUUGAUUUGAGGGAGAUGGUUAUGUUUUAUGGUUACCCAUGUACGGUUAAGAUGUAUUACCUGUUGCCUCGGGCAGGGUUAAAAGAUGGGAUUAAUGAGAUGUAUUUUGAUAUAGAGGCAAUGGAUAUGUUGGAUGCAUACGAGGGUCUACCAGUUCUAUGCAUGUAUGUAACUAGUGGGCCAAUGAAUGAGGCUGUAGGUCUAGAAGUGGAUGAGGAUGUGGGUCUAGAAGUUAUAGAAGUGGACAUGGGCGGACCAAUUGGUGUGGGUGUGGGUGUGCCUAUUGAUGAGGAAGAUGGUGAGGAGAGUGAUGAUCCAGAUUAUGACGAGGAGGAAGAAUAGGAAGAUGAUGACAAUUAUGUUCCUAGUUUGCUAGAUGAGGAUCUUGAAGGGCCUGAUGACGAUGAUACUUUCAAACCUAAAGAGGAUGGUAAAAAUAAGGAGAUUGUGGAGCCAACUCCAAAAAAGUUGAAUCUUGAGGACUGGUUAUCAGACCAUGGUGAUGAUGAUGAGUUGCAUACCAUGAAGGGAUCAGAUGAGGAAAGUAAUCAAACUAAUGGUCCAUAAUUCAAUGAAGAUCUGAACAUGGAAAAGCCUGUGCUAACUAGGGGAAUGAAAUUUCCCAAUGCUGUUGUGUUUAGAAAAGCACUUAGGGAGUGGCAGGUGCAAGGGGGAUAUGAUCUUGAGUUUGUAAAGAAUGAGAGCUCAAGGGUUACAACAAGAUGCAAAGGAAAAUAUGGGUUUAGGGUGCAUGGUUCUUAGAUGCAAGAGGAGAGAACAUUUCAGGUUAAGACAAUAAACCCUACACACAAUUGCCAUAGGACCUACGACAAUCACCUUGUUAAUUCUAAAUACAUUGCUGAGAAAUAGUAGUACAUUAACAAGUUGAGGGAUGAUCCAUGUACAAAGGUUGACUCUUGGAAGAAAGAAAUAAGAAGAAAAUUGGUAGUGAAUGUGAGCAAGUGGCAACUUUACGGAGCAAAAAAGAAGGCUAGAGAUGUCAUUGAUGGGGACAUAACAGAGGAGUAUAACAGGCUUUAUGACUACAUUGAGACUGUUAGGAAACAUAACCCCAAUUGUUUAUUGAAAGUUUCAGUUGAGAGACUUGGACCAGAAUUGUCCCCUGUCUUCUCUAGAUUAUAUGUGAGAUAUAAUGCUCAAUUGAAGGAUAUGUUGUAGGGGUAUGGACCCAUGAUUGGACCUGAUGGGGCUUUCUUAAAAGGGAUGCAUAAGGGACAACUUUUGAGUGCAGUGGGUAGAGAUGAAAAUGACAACAUGUUCUCUAUAGCCAUUGUUGUGGUAGAGGCAGAAAUAAAAGACUCAUGGAGGUGGUUCUUAGAGCUGUUGAUGGAGGAUAUAGGCAUAGUACAAGAGAAGGGAUGGGGCUUCAUAUCAGAUAGGCAAAAAGGUCUGCUUGAGGUCUUCAAAGAGUUUCUACCAAAUGCAGAGCAUAAGUACUGCAUGAGACACCUCUAUGCUAACUUUAGAAAAUUAUUCAGAGGAAAAGAGUUGAAAGAUGCAAUGUGGAGGGCAGCAUCAACAGGUACAGUUUAGGAGCAUGGAGCAUAUAUGCAAAAAAUUGAGAAGCUGGAUAAGGAUGCACACCUAUGGUUGAAAAAAAUCCCUGUAGAACAAUGGACUAGGUCUCAUUUCAGCACAAACAACAAAUGUGACAUACUAGUAAACAACUUGAGUGAAUCAUUUAACAGUUAUGUACUUGAAGCUAGGGACAAACCUAUAGUUUCUAUGUUGGAAUGGAUAAGGAGGAAAUUGAUGAGUAGAUUCCAAAUUAAGAGGAUGGGGAUGGAGAAGUACACUGGGACCAUUUGCCCUAAGAUAGAAAAGAAAUUGGAUUGGAAGAUUACAACAGUAAAGGAUUGUUUUGCAUAUUUCUCAGAGGAAUUCAAACUUGAGGUUGAUUGUCAUGACACAACAUACACUAUGGACUUAAAAGCUAUGACUUGUGGAUAUAGAUUGUGGGAUCUAAGUGGAAUACCAUGCAAGCAUGCAGUUGCAACCAUAACCUUUAACAAACAAAAACCAGAAGAGUACAUACAUCCAUGCUAUUUAAAGGAUACCUACUUGAGUGUAUACCAAUACAUGAUCAACUCUGUUCUUGGUAAACAUGAUUGGGUGAAAACAGAUUAUGAUCCAAUUCAGCCUCCAUUCAUGAGAAAGCCAAGUGGUAAACCAAGGAAACAGAGGAGAAGAGGGGAAGAUGAACCCCCAGAUGAACACAAAGUGUCAAGGAGGUUCAGAGUGAUGUCAUGCUCCAAAUGUCUGAAAAAGGGGCAUAAUUUGAGGUCUUACAAGAAUGCCAUCGAUCCUAAUUCCAAGCUACUAAAGAAAAAUGGGACACCAUCUCAGGCACCAAGUGGAAAGCAAAAGAAGAACAAAGGGAAAAGUGUUCCACCAAAUCAAAAUGAAAUUGUUCCAGCUACUCAGGACGUUGUCCACACUAUGAAACCUGAUUUUUACACUCAACUUGCACAAGAGUUUAAGCAACCAGAAGUGGGGUUUUAUACUCAACCAAACCAAGCUAGUUCAUCCACAGUCAACCAAAUCAAGACAAGGGAAAAGUUGGCUUGCAUUGGUGGCAAAGGUGGUGGUUCUGGAAAUGCAGUUAGGGGAAGGGCAAGGGCAAUUGCCAGGGGGUGGAUCGCACCAAGGCCCAACUAA